CAGUUUCUUUUAUUCUAUGUACUUCAACCGCAAGGUUUUAGGCUACCAUUAGUUUAUUAAGAUAUUUAUUCCAUUCCCUUGGUCUAAUGCUUUUUUCGGCUUUAAAAAAUAUGAUUGUGGAAAAAAUGAGUGCAAAUAACAAAUGUGUGUGUAUUGUUACUAAGCACAAAGCCUAGGCGCGGCAAUUUGGCCCGAUCCAGGUUAGGCCCAAUCGGUUCUUAGAAUGGGGGUGUUGAACGGCCCAGGCCCGUGUAUAUAUAGGAGAACUCUCGACCCACUGGCGUGGGUAGGGUUCGAGUGUGUGGGUGUGUGUUAGUUUCUGACGGCUUGGAACCUGACAGUUGAUAGGGUGAAAUCCAUAUAAUAUAUGUGAUGUGAUAACGUGGAGUGGUGCAUCGAGUUAGUUUCGUAUAAAGAUACCUGAUUUGUGUUCGAAAAGUCAUCCUUUCUUCGACUUUAAAAUAAUCCCAUAAAGAUUUCUGUAAUCUUAUUUCUAAUUGUAAAAUUUUGAUGCAAUACAAUCAUUUACACCGGUUUCAUUUUGCCUUGUAUUGGCGAUUACAGUGUAAUUAUUUGUUUUUUAGAUAGAUUUAUACACAUAAUCACACUAUAUAAUCGCAUUACAUUGGUGACUCACAUUUUUAAUUGUUGGGUUAAUAUACAUAUAUACUCGUACAUAUGACGUAACCCAUUUUAUAACUGCAGUACUAUCAUUCUGCAAUCUGCAUUAUUAUAAGUGCAGUACAAUCAUCGUGCAUUAUACUAACACAUAUUAUAUAGUCUCUCAAUUUUUUCUACUAUUAAAUUAACAAACAUAUAUACUCGGCAUUAUACUGAUGAGUGAUGACACAUAUAUACCUCACACUGUACAACAUAUAUGGGCAAAAUUGUCAUUCUAUUAUACAAAAGCCUCAUAUAGUCAUAUUACCAUCACAUCAAGCUCUCUUACCGAAUUUCUCCUCAGCUACGCGAACUUUCCUCAGCUCGUCUUCCCCACCUCAGUGUAAUCUUUCUCUCUCCCGCAUGUACUUACAGAACCAUUUGUCUCUACACGCCUAUAUUGAUUACGCUUUGAAGAAAUUGGGUGUUCAGAAGAACAAAAAUGGGGUCGGCGGGCAGAGAGGUGUCGAUUUCACUGGACAGCGUGAGGGACAAGAAUUUGAUGCAAUUGAAGAAGCUCAACUCCGUCCUUUUCCCCGUUCGGUACAACGACAAGUACUAUGCCGAUGUCCUCGCCUCCGGUGAAUUUACCAAAUUAGCCUAUUAUUGUGACAUUUGUGUUGGGUCCAUUGCAUGCCGCGUUGAGAAAAAGGAAAGUGGUGGUAUUCGUGUAUACAUAAUGACAUUGGGCGUUUUGGCUCCAUACCGUGGGUUAGGUGUUGGCACAAAGCUAUUGAAUCAUGUGCUUGAAAUUUGCAUGAAACAGAGCAUUGGUGAGAUCUACUUGCAUGUGCAGACCAACAAUGAAGAAGCCAUCAAAUUCUACAAGAAAUUUGGGUUCGAGAUAACAGAAACAAUCCACAACUACUAUACUAAUAUUACACCGCCCGAUUGCUAUGUUGUUACCAAGUUCAUCACCCAAGCCGAAACGAAUAAAUAGUUUGUUGAAGCUGGAUUUUAUUCAACGGAAUUUUGGGCGGGACUUGGAAGAGUGUCGAGUUUUAUCAUUCAUUAUUUGUCUGAAGUGAGUCGGAGAAAAAAGUAAACAUUUUAUUUAUAUGGUUUCUGGUACAAAUUUUACAGGACUCUUAAGCCAUUGAUGGUUUUUCAUUGUAUGAGCAAAAAAGUUUGAUGUUCAAUGUAGAAAUGCUGGACAGAAGAUGUCAUGUUACUUUGUACCCCAACACUAGUAAACCCAUAAAACCUUAAAACCCUUGUUAAAAACAUCAACUACUUUCUACAGAAACCGCACUAAUUACAAUAGAAAAUGUGGAAAGGUCCCUCUCAUCAUUACUUGGACGACUUGUUGAUGAGCGACUUACGAAUAUGUGGGAUUCCUGCAAUUGUUCCCUUUAUGAGAGUGUGGAGCUCCUCAUCCCCACGUCAAGACGGCAUCUCGCAUAACUCAUUUGAGAUAAUCAACCGGCAGCAAACCGAAAGACACAACGGAAGAAGGAAAAAAGGACAAAAGGGUACAUAUAUCAGCUUGGUACACUUGCAGUUAACAGCAUCAAGAUUUCCUGGUCAAAAAGGACAAAAGGGUACAUAUAUCAGCUUGGUACACUUGCAGUUAACAGCAUCAAGAUUUCCUGGUCAAUAA